AUGGACGAGCGGCUACUGGGGCCGCCCCCUCCAGGCGGGGGCCGGGGAAGCCUGGGGUUGGUGGGUGGUGAGCCGGGGGGACCUGGAGAGCCUCCCGGUGGCGGAGGAGACCCCGAUGGGGGGGGGGCCCCGGGGGGCCGAGGGAAGCAAGACAUCGGGGACAUUCUACAGCAGAUAAUGACCAUCACCGACCAGAGCCUGGAUGAGGCCCAGGCCAAGAAACAUGCUCUAAACUGCCACCGAAUGAAGCCUGCUCUCUUUAGUGUCCUGUGUGAAAUCAAAGAGAAAACCGGCCUCAGCAUUCGAAGCUCCCAGGAGGAGGAGCUGGUGGACCCGCAGCUGAUGCGCUUGGACAACAUGCUUCUGGCAGAGGGUGUGGCUGGGCCUGAAAAAGGGGGGGGCUCUGCAGCAGCAGCUGCAGCCGCUGCAGCCUCUGGGGGUGGCGUGUCCCCUGACAACUCCAUUGAACACUCGGACUACCGCAGCAAGCUUGCCCAGAUCCGCCACAUCUACCACUCGGAGCUGGAGAAGUAUGAGCAGGCAUGUAACAAGUUCACAACCCAUGUCAUGAACCUGCUGAGGGAACAGAGCCGCACCAGGCCCGUGGCCCCCAAGGAGAUGGAGCGAAUGGUGAGCAUCAUCCAUCACAAGUUCAGCGCCAUCCAGAUGCAGCUCAAGCAGAGCACCUGCGAGGCUGUCAUGAUCCUGUGCUCCCGCUUCCUGGAUGCCAGACGGAAACGCCGGAACUUCAGCAAACAGGCCACUGAGAUCCUGAACGAAUAUUUCUACUCCCACCUGAGUAACCCAUACCCCAGUGAGGAGGCUAAGGAAGAGCUCGCCAAGAAGUGUGGCAUCACCGUCUCUCAGGUCUCCAACUGGUUUGGCAACAAGCGGAUUUGCUAUAAGAAAAACAUUGGAAAGUUCCAGGAGGAGGCAAAUAUCUAUGCUGUGAAGAUGGCCGUGUCAGUUGCCCAGGGAGGCCACAGCCGCACCAGUUCCCCUACACCCCCUUCCUCUGCAGGCUCUGGCGGCUCUUUCAAUCUCUCAGGAUCCGGAGACAUGUUUCUGGGAAUUCCUGGCCUCAAUGGAGACUCCUAUUCUACUUCCCAGGUGGAAUCACUCCGACACUCCAUGGGGCCAGGGAGCUACGGGGAUAGCCUUGGGGGAGGCCAGAUGUACAGUCCUCGGGAGAUGCGGGCCAAUGGUGGCUGGCAGGAAGCUGUGACCCCAUCCUCAGUGACAUCCCCAACAGAGGGACCAGGAAGUGUUCAUUCUGACACCUCCAACUAAUACCACCCCUCAGGGUCUUAGGAGUGGGCGCUCCCACAAGACCACUCUUGAAGAGGACACAGGCAUCUAGAGGACAAACCCCAAACAGAAGCACAAAACAGAAGGGCAAAUGGGGUUGUGCCCUCCCUGACUAGACUGCAGUGCUGGGGUGCUGACUACGUGGCAGGGAGAAUGGGGCUCCUAAGGGAAGAGUGGGGUCUGUCUCCCCUUUACUUUCCUUUUUCCGGUCUUUCUCUUCUCCCUUGUCUUACGCAGAAGAUACCUAUUUUAGAAUCCUCUCUUCCUCUCUCAUAUACACACCCACAUACAACUAUUCUGUUUGUUUCUCUGGGCUCCCUGCCCUCCCCCAACUUUCCCUUCCCCACCCCACUUAUAUGCUCUGGAAUCUGGAGACGUCAGCCCUGCCCGACCCAGAGAUGCCAAAAAUGGGGACUCCUGGACAGAGGACAUGGGCCACGCCCCUGUGCAUCCCCACUCCCUGCCCCUCCAGACGGCUUUAUUACCUCAUACGCAGCUCAUCUUAAACCAAUAGAAUUGCUCGGUGGACGAGAGUGUCUGACUCAGAUAUCUACCUCGGAGGGAGUUUCUGCUACUUUAGGGAAUUGUUGACUGGGUUUUAGGGUUUAACUUUUUUUUUUUGUUUGUUUUAAAGAACAGAAACCCUGGGACCCAUCUGUAUUUUGGGGGAUUUUGUUGUUGGUUCCCAACUUUUAAUUUAGUUUUGGGAAGUAGGUGGGUUGUUUUUAUUUUUUAAGUAAG